UUCUUCACAAAUUGAUUAAACUUUUCAAAAACUAGUUUCCCUAAAUUUUAGGGAAUCUAUUUAUUAGAAAUCUUGAUUGACAAAUCAAAUGGUUUCUACAAAAACAAAAAAACUAAAAAAUAAAACUUGAUUGGAUGAAACAUAGUAUUUGCAAAAACAAAAACCAAAUCAAAAACCACGAACAAUCAACCUAGAUCUGGCUUCUCCUCUUCAUCGAGAAGGUGAAACCCUCUACUCCGACGUUAUAAUGCCGUUUAAUACGGUGAUGGAAGUGGAGCCUCCGAGUCUGAUACGGUACUUGAUCGGAUCGGCGGUGAUGAUGAUCGGCGUGGUAUUGCCGGUUGGUUACAUGAUGUUCCGCAACAAGCGAGUCCCCUCCUCCUCCUCUUACUCUAAACAGACGUAGAAACAAAGUUUUGAUAUAGAGAGAGCCAAAGACUGCGGUUGAGUUCAACUGGAUUGUGAAAGAUGCUGCCAUAUUGAUUGAUAUGGGCGAUUGUAAAAUUACAUCGAUUGUAAGAGAUCCUUAGAUAUGAGAUUCAUUAACCAAGAAAUGUGACUACUUUCUUCGUUAAUCUUCUUGUUUUGUUUCUUGGUUAGCUAUUCCAAAGUCUAUUAUGUAACACAACCUCCUCCAUUAAGUAGAAAGAUAAUAAGUUUCGUUCA